AUGAAAGUCGAUUCAUACAUCGUGUUCAAAAGUUUUUCUGUGCCCUAUUACUAUUCAAUAUUGUUUGGAUGGAUGCCUAUCCGUAUACCAAAGAACGACAGUGAAAUGAUUAACAAGAAUUUAUGGAGUAUCCCUGGAUUAAUUUUUUCGUUGAGUUACAUUAUACUACUUAUAGUUUCUGGAAGUACUACACGGGAAUUAAGGAACGCAAUCAAGUACCAAGGAAACAGAACUUCGAGCAAUCUAACGAUUCAUGAUCGUAUACAGAUAGUCGUUGGACCGAUGUUCAUAAUAUCUCUGUGGUUGAAUCAAACGAUUAUCAUAGUCAUAUACAUAUUGAUGCCGUUCCAUUUAAAAGGCUUGAGAAAAGUUUUCGAACUCUUCAACGCAUUUUUUAAAAGCCAUGGCUCGAUUAUGGGAGACAAAAAUACUAUCAACAUGAUAGCACGCAACACUAAUAUUGAAUCCAUUAUGAUGAUCAUAAUAAACACGGUCCUGUCGAUCGUAUCGGUUACGACAAGUUUCAGUAGGAUAAGAUUGACGUUUGCUUGGAAACUGUUCAUCAUGAUCGACAACGUUAUCCACAAACUUGAAGCACUUUCACUGUGUAUCCAAUUUUGGUGUAUAUGUUCAGUGUUAGCAAAAUGUUUUAAGUGUCUGAACGUAUCCUUGGACAGGCUUCGAAUCCGAAAAAAUCAGGUGACGAUACGCCCACCGGGCUUAUUCACAAUGUCAGACCGAUUGACUCUGCCGACUAACAUGGUAAUGCAUCUCCGGAAAUUGAACCGAGCGCACACUGACCUCUGUUUCAUUCUCGAUCGCAUAAACGACGUUUAUCAGGUUUGUUGUGUAUUAUAUAACAUUCCGUUCUUAUGCCAUGUGUUUAUAUGUGUAUGUAUUAUGCUCAAGGUGCUGAUCCUUUUGAGCAUCAUCACUUGUAUACUGAAUAUGCUGCCCCAUUUAUUCGUCUUGGGCAUCAUCAUGGCAUAUUCAAAUUUUAGAAUCACACCACAAAUAUCCAUGGUUAUAUGGCCGCUGCACUACAUGUUGAGAGUAUAUAUUUUAUGCAAAGCCGCUUCAUUUGCGACCAACGAAGCCAGACAGGCGAAAACUAUUCUCAACGCUUCAUUCGACAAACGUUUGACCGAUGACGAAAAAAAAGGAAUAAAACGUUUCUUGGAAAGGAUUGAUAAUAAAAAAAUAAGAUUUUCUUUAUAUGGCUUGAGUUAUUUGGAUGACGAAUAUUUCUUAUCAAGUGUAAUGGCAGUGGGAGGGUAUCUAGUGAUCAUCAUUCAAUCGUACAUGACGGUUAUCGAAGAACAGUAUCCAAUUUAUGAUCGUCCGACCGCAGACAAAUUUGAUGAAUGAACCAACGAGCGCUAUUCUACAUAUUAUUCAUUU